AUGAGCGCGAACAGGAAACUUCAAACGGAGAUCGAUCGGACUCUGAAGAAAGUCGAGGAAGGUGUCGAGAUCUUCGAUGAGAUAUGGGACAAGGUCUAUUCGGCGACUCAGCAGAACCAGAAGGAGAAGUAUGAGGUGGACUUGAAAAAGGAAAUCAAGAAACUCCAGAGACACCGGGAUCAAAUCAAGACAUGGGUUGCGUCGUCGGACAUCAAAGACAAGCGUCCGCUGACUGACGCGCGUCGCGGUCUCAUCGAGACGAAGAUGGAACAGUUUAAGGUUUGCGAGAAGGAGACAAAGACCAAAACUUAUUCUAAAGAGGGCCUCGCUCGCGAGACUAAGAUUGACCCCCAUGAGGCGGCCAAAAAUAGCACGCGGGAUUGGCUUUCAGAAAAGGUAGAUCAGCUCUCACUGCAGAUCGACAUGCACGAGGCCGAUAUGGAAAAGCUCACAUCGGGUAAAGGGUCCAAACGGAACAAGCAAGAGAUUGAACAGCUCGAGGCGUCCAUUAAGCGCCACCGGUGGCACAUAGCUCGGCUAGAGCAGAUCACACGGCUUCUGGAUAACGAUGCUCUCCAGCACGAGCAAAUAAAUGAGAUCAAAGAGGAUGUGGAAUAUUAUAUUGACGCGAAUCAAGAGCCAGACUUCAUGGACGCCUAUGACGAGACAAUGGAUAUUUUUGAGUCACUUGAUCUGGGCGACCUCCCCACAGAUGAAGAUGCGGCCGCGGCCAAUACAGACGAAAAGAAGAAGAAGAAGAAGAAGGGAGAUGACGACGACGACGACGAAAAGGAUGACAAAAAAAAAAAAAAAAAAGACAAGCAGGCUGAAAAGGAGGCGAAAGAGGAAGCCAAAAAAGAAAAGAAGGCUAACAAGGCCAAGGCAGCCACGGCAAUGCCACUAACGAUUGGUCGUGCGACAGUAGCGAAAGCGGCGCCCGCGCCCGUCCCCGCUGCGGCUGCGCCUAUCAAAGGUGCCAAGGGCGCGUCUACCACUAGCAAGGGCAUGCCAACGCCCGGUGUUCCGACGCCUCAGCAAGUUGCUCCGCCGGCGUCUGGUGCCGAGUCGCUCGCAAACAUCCUCAAGCAGCAGAGUGCGCAGCAACAGCAAACUGGUGUCGCAAUGGCCGACAGGCUUCGGGCCCAGCAGCAACAGCCAACGGCCCCAGUGCCUGGAGCUGCUUUUUCUGCAGCGGCGCAGCGAUCACAGCAUCAACAACAGACCUCCAGCCUCUGCUUCGCGCCUGGUGCCAGCCUUGAGCCCCUUCUUGAUAUCUCUGAACAUAUGGCUGCCGAUGACACUUAUGUGCGCCUCCUCGAUGCGCAGGGACCCAGCGGUCAUGAUGACAGCGCCUCAAGUGCGAGUGCUCAUAAGCUUGCGGCCCUUGCACUCAGCAUGCGCCGCGCUCCACGCAAGGCCGAUUCGGAGCGUCCAAGGCAAUAUGUGCCCCGAAAUCCCUAUGCCACACCGCCAGCCUUUCCUUCGACGCCCGCGUCGACCUUCGACGACGCGAAGGUCUUCGAAAAGCUUGGCACUGACACACUUUUCUUUAUUUUCUACUAUCAACAAGGAACCUACCAGCAGUAUCUUGCUGCAAAGGAACUGAAAAAGCAGAGCUGGCGCUACCACAAGAAGUAUAUGACCUGGUUCCAGCGCCAUGAGGAGCCUAAGGUGACGACAGACGAGUUUGAGCAAGGAACUUACGUGUACUUUGAUUACGAGACCGGCUGGUGCCAGCGCAUCAAAUCCGACUUCACCUUUGAGUAUAAUUUUCUUGAGGAUGAACUCGUCACCUAAUACCCCUCUUGCGAGCCACCCUGGCUGCCCAACCCAGCCCAUGCUUCUCAGCGAACAUGACACUGCUCCCCAAAGGCUGGGUCUAAUCGAAUGACGAUUCCCAUGAAGCCUAGGCCACUGCCGGUUCCCACGAGGCCCAGGGGUCGUAGAGAGAUUCGAACGCCGAAGCCCCAAGACGACUGCCUGGCUGGGUUGCCAUGGCAUGUCAUAGAACAUACUCGUGCUGCCCCUGAGGCCAGCGACGUGCCAGAGAGCACCAGGCUCAGCGAGGUUGCACAGUCGCCGGACAGUGCACCUGCUGGAUAGUAGUCUGACUGGCGUCAUAGCGACGUAGGACUUGAAGCUGCUAAACUAUCCUAUGUGCCAUG